CAUUCCAGCAUAUGAGUAUUUGUUGGUUUGUGGGGCUCUGGGCACUAUGGCGAAGCUCAAAGCCUGCUUUAGGCCCCUAAGGCCCUGUCUUCUAGUGGAAAACAAACAUUUUUAAAAAACAUAUUCGGAAAGAGCAAUUGACAUCUCAAUUGAGUGUUACCAAAUGUUUUCAUGAGACCAUGGACCAGACACACAAACUGUCAUCUAAUGUUAACUAUUAUCUUGUCAUGAGGACCUAUAUCAACAGAUCAGCAUUUUUUUGGACUCUAUGUGGCAAGCGCCCAAUCCUGAACCCAAACGACUAUUUCCUCAUGAAUUACAUCAACAAUAAGAAGGACAGUUUCCUAAUAGCUGCUGUGGAGUUGUAAAAGAGAGGAGAAUGGCCCGGGCGGACAGACAGAACGGAGAGGACAUAGCUCUGAAUAAACUGGACGACAUAGAGGCGGCAACAACCCCCUCUGGAAAAAUAUAUCGCCCCAUCAACAUAAAUCACUAUGCCACUAAGAAGAGUGCAGCUCAGAGCAUGCUGGAUGUCGCCUUGCUGAUGGCCAACUCAUCCCAGCUGAAGACUAUUCUAUAUGUGGGGCCUCAGUACCGUUUCUACAUCCCUGUCAUUGUUUUGCUGUCUGUGUCCAUCUCUUUACAGGUCAUAGUGGGGCUGCUGCUUGUCUUUAUCGUGAAGUACGAUCUGAAUGACAUGAGGAAACAUGCCAAGUUGAACUGGAUGAACAACGUAGCGACAGUCUUUGUCUUCUUCACAGUCCUCGUCAACGUCUUCAUCACAGCACUCGGUUUCGAGGGACAUGCUGUCAGGGCAGCAGUGCCUCCUGUGAUUUCGAUACCAGAGCCUCAGCUUCUCCCACUGCCCAUUGACCUUAACAUGACUGGUGGCAUAAUCUAAAGAUUGCCAAAUAAAACCUUAUCCUCAGUAACCAACGACACAACCUCAGCUCCAGGUUACAGCUAUUGAUCAAAGAUUGACACAUUAUCUCAACCUAAAACCUCAGUUUGAAUACUUGCCUUUUGUGCUCAGUACAGAUGGCAAGACUGUACUGCACAGUUUACUGACCCUUUGCAUUUGCAUUGUUGAGGUAAUGUUAAACUUAACUAUUGUGUAAAUAUAAGUGCUUUAUAGUGUUUCUGUUCAAACAUUGUAUUGGUGAGCUGGUUCAUUGUUUUGUAACAAAAUAAAUGAAUGCAUUACUUAUAUCAGUAGAGAAGUGUUUUAUGUUUGGAAAUAAGUCUCUUAUUCUGUUAAUGUUUAACUUACUUUCAG